AUGGCGGCCAAUGCUCCACCUGAGCUGCCUUCAGGAAACCCUUGCUGCCUCGCGUGGCAAGGGAAGUACUUAGGCAUGAAGAAGAGGCGAGAUUAUUGUAAAGAAGCUAUAGAUAUUCUCCAGAAGGCCAUCGGGGACGCUAAUGAUGAGAAAGCCAAUCUCGAGAAAAAACUCGAGGAGAUGGCGGCCCAAAGAGACGUUAAGGAAAAUCAAUCAGAGGUAUACGUGUCGUCGGAGAAAGAAAUCUCUCGUUUGAAGUCUGAGAUAUUGUCUUUGCAACAAAGAUUGGAGCAAAACCUUAAAGAAAAAAGUAAAGAAAUAAAGAUUCUUAAGGAUCAAGUUUCUAGUGGGGAAAAGGAGAUCAAUGAAUUGAAGGACCUUCUUAAGAAAGAAACAUUAAGGGCAGAUAAUUCUGACGAAGAGAGGGAAAAAGUUUGUAAGGAACUGAUCAAGACAAAGGCUCUGAUAGAAAAAAAUGAGGAUAUUAAGCCACACGUUCCUGAAGAUAAUAAGGAAAUAAGUCAGCUAAAAAAUCUUCUUGUAAGCGAGAGGCAGAAGACUGAGUCAGAGAGGAAGAAAGCAGAAUCAGAGAAAAGGAAAGCCGAUCAGUAUCUUUCUGAGCUGGAGGUGUUAAGAAGCACAGCUCAUAAGACUAGUUCUGAUUUGCUUUCUUUGACCUCCAAUCUUGAGACUGUAAAAAAACAGGUUGAGUUUGAAAAACAAAUGGCACUGAAAGAGAAAAAACGGGCAGAUAUGCAGAGUGCAAAAGCUAGGGAACAGAUAAAGCUGGCAGAAGGUUUGUCUAAGAAGUUUGAAAUCGUUAGAGCAAGAAAUGAAGAGCUCAAGAAAGAAAUGGAAUUGCAGAGCGCGAGUAGCAAAGUAAAGUUUGCUGAAAACUCGGCAAAACUGGAAGAGAAGAUUAGGCUCCUUGAGAUGAAUAAGAAAACAGCCAUGGACUGGAAAUCUCGUGCUGAUGAUCUGGCUCAGCAGCUACAAGAAGCACAAUUAGUGACUGAGGGUUUGAAAAAACAGAUGCAUGAGCUUUCACUCUCCCUGAAAUCCACCGAGACUCGCUCUGUUUCUCCUAAUAAAGUCAGAAAUCUGGAAAAGGCUGAAGUGAGGCUUUUGAAAAAAGAGCUGAAGUUUGAGAGAAAAUGUGCAAAACACUCUCAAAAAGUAGCUAAAUUUGAAAAUUUUCGAAGGGAAUUUCAGGCUGAAGAGCUGGGUCGGUUAAAACUGGAGUUUGGUAGUCUUACGAAUCGCAUGAAACUACUGGAUGAGAAUUUUUCAAGAGACGUCGAAGGUACAUCUGGCCUUGGAAAGGCAAAGGGCCACAUGAAACUGGAAAUGCUACAAUCCCAAAAGAAUCGUAAUGGUGAGAAGCAUUCUGACGCAAGAUGCCAGUUGGUUGCCAGCUCUGUUUCUCCAGAGCAGGGUCGCAAGUUUUCUGCCCAGUUAAUUCCUAAAUCUGGACGGGGCGUGAGUGAGUCUGUCUCAGGUACUAUUUCUCAACUGGAGUCUCCUACCGGAGGCUCCAGAAAAUUACAGACUUCUGGAGUAAAUUCCAGCGCAACAUCUUUUUCUGAUGGACAGUUACUGGCCUCACAGGGAAAAGAGCAGUUCUCUGUUACUACCUCAGCAGAAAUAACAAAAGAUAAACCGAAUACCCAACCAACAAAGUCAAGUAUGUUCCGGAAAAUCUCCGAUGCCAGGAAAAAUGGAAAUCCCUCUUUGGUUGCUGAAAACGAUCUUCAAAGUCGUCAGAGAGAUAGUCCUGAGGUAGUUAAUGAUCACUCUCGAAAAAGAAAAAGAUUGUCUGAGGCAGUUGAGUUUCAUAAGAAUCUGCCAUCUGAUGAUAGAAAAAAAAAAUUGCAGAUCGGAGAGAAGCUAGGCACCUUGCAGUCUAUGGUAGUAGGUGGCUCCUCUGCAAAUUGCAUUACAAUUUCCAAGAAAAGAAGGGUUUCUUGUGAGAAGAAGACAAUUACACAGGAUUCUCUUGAGUUUAACCAGACAGGCAAGACUCCAAGUAAUAUAGCUGGAAAUACGCAGGUGUCUGGGAAAAAGAUGUGCCUCUCUACUACUAAAGUACAUGAUGCGGCAACAUCAUUUCUGGAUGACGUUGUGACUACAGACUAUAUGAAGUUGCUGGAGUUGGAUAAUUUGGAAGAAGAAAGUUAUUACAAUAUGGCAAGAGAAUCGCUUCUGUCCCCAGAUCUUCCUCAUGUAGAUUUUUUGGGUGGUGAGAUUGUGAAUGUGGAAAAAACUCCUGCUAGGUCGCUUGACUUGGUUGCUAGUAAUAGUGUGGACUUACGUGACACCAUAAAUUCAGGUGAAGCUCCUAGUCUCAACACUCAGAAUGCUUCAGCGACAGUCCAAAUGCCACCCAUGUCGACAAUAUUGCAUUAUUUUAUUCUUAAACACUUUGUUGUGUUUUCAAAUAUUGAAGACCAGAGGAGUAUUAUCAAAAUUUUCCAUGCUACAAACAACUGUAUACAGCGGUGCCCGUCUGUUACUUGUGCACAGUGGGCAGUGCCUGCGAUUCUGUUCUCUUUGAAAGUGGAAGAAAACCUUUUGGCCCAGGAAAGGGUAUGUGUGUUCCUCUCCUUGCUGCUGCAUAACUUCUCUGUGGUUUCCUCAAUGAAAGUUGGGAACACUCUGACUGACGACUCUUGCUCCUUCUUGGAUUCUUUCUCAAAGCAUAUAUAUGAUGUUAUGGCUGAUAUUGAAGCUGGACAUAUGCUUUCUGAAUUCUCGGAAGAACUCCUUAGUCUCCUUCAGGACCUCCUUUCCGAGCAGAGGGUAUUAUUUUCUGUCAAAUCCUCAGAAACAUCUGAAUCGGAGUUGAGCAUCCCUGUCACCCUGAAUGGAGAAAAUAUAGCUCUCUGCAGCAGAAUUGCUCUAAUUGAUCACUUGGUGGCUGGAAGUGCUAUUUUUGCAGCAAUAUGUACUGCACUGGAUCGUGUUGGAUUUAUCUGUGAAGCUUCCCUUGAAAUCCUGCACAAGCACAGUCAUGAGAAGACCUCAGGGCUAAUGACCAUUCUUCACGUUUUUGCUUACAUUGCUGGAGAGAAAAUGGUGUCCUCUAGUGAUCAUGACAUAUCAACUGCAGUGUUGAAAUCUGUUGUCAUUUUUCUAGAGAACAGACAUUUUGGUACUGUGGAGGGAAAUGCUAAGUUGCACCCAGGAAAGAACAAGUGUCCAUUCUCAGAUAGGUCUUCCUCGCUGGAGGCUAUGGCAUCUAUGCUUAUUGAAAUGCUUCAGGAGUUUACUCAGUGUAAUACUUUGCAUCAUACCGAGAAUGCCGAGUUUAGGCCGGCACACAAAGAGUUCCAGUACGUAUUGGCCAGGGAUCAAAGUGUUACUACUUUAUGUGACAUUCUGUCAUUGGUGGAGCUUAUUGCCUAUUACACGGCAUGGGAUUGGACUAGUGCGAACAUUGUUGCUCCGCUGCUUAAGAUGCUGGGAAUGUCAUUGCCAAUGAACCUUUCUGUUGCAAUCGUCUCUCUUCUUGGGCAACUCAGCAGUAUUGGAGUGGAUGCUGGUGGUUAUGAAAAUGAAGGAAUCUCAAACUUGAGAGAGAAACUCGCAGCAUUCCUGCAGUGUGAGAUGACACUAAAAGCCGGAUUUGCAGUCCAGAUAGCAACUGUGAACUCCCUCCUGAAGACGCUUCAGCUUGAUUUCCCACUAGCCUUUCAAGGCAAAACCACCAUGCUUCCGAGCUCUGGGAACGAAAGCUUAUCUGCUUCAGUCAAUCUGGUUACCAAGUGGUUCUCGUUGUUGAGCGACGAACAAGGGGUUUUUGCAUCUGAGUUUCUACAGACUUCUGUUGUUAGAUGA